AUGGAGAGACCGCACACUGGUGCGUCCGAGGCAUCAGUAUCACACGGCCAUCAUGCGUCGCAUUCCCACUCUCACCACCGUCGUUCAUCCUCGCACGCCACCGAUCACCGCCCCUCGAGAGUUGCAACCAAGGAGCAUCACAGAGAUCCCCACCUCGAUGUAAACAUGCCCUACCGCACCCUCACAGCGGACGCCAAUCUGGCCGAGUACGAGACGGAGAACCCAAUGGGAGAGAUUCCUGGACCGAUGGAACCCGGCAGCCGCAAGCAGUACAAGCUCGUCACCUUCGUGUCCAACGACCCGGAAAACCCAAAGAACUGGUCAAAGGCGUAUAAGUGGUAUGUGACCAUGGUGGUGGCCAUUACUUGUUUUGUGGUAGCUUUCGCGUCGGCGGUCAUCACUGCCGAUAUUGAAAGCCCAGCCAAGGAAUUUGGCGUCAGUGAAGAGGUGUCACUUUUGGCUAUUACUCUAUUCGUCAUAGGAUUUGGCGUUGGACCUAUGAUAUUCGCUCCCCUUUCCGAAGUCUAUGGUCGACGCAUCAUUUAUGGAUCUACGCUCCUCCUCGCCGUCGUCUUUAUUAUUCCCUGCGCCGUGUCCAAGAACAUCGAGACCCUACUAGUAUGCCGAGCACUCGACGGUAUCGCCUUCUCGGCACCUAUGACGUUGGUUGGUGGCACCCUCGCCGAUCUUUGGAGGAACGAAGAGCGUGGUGUUCCCAUGGCAGCUUUCUCUGCUGCCCCCUUCAUCGGCCCUGCAAUCGGACCCCUCGCCGGAGGUUACAUUGCUGAAAGACUUGGCUGGAGAUGGCUCUAUUGGAUCCAAUUGAUUCUGGCUGGUGUGGUUUGGGUCCUCAUCACCUUCACCGUACCCGAGACGUAUGCCCCGACCAUCUUGCAGAAACGUGCAGCGAGACUGCGCAAGGAGACAGGAGAGUCAGACCAUGUCACUGAACAAGAUCUCGAUCUGCGACCCCUCGGCGAGAGAAUGCGAUUGUUCCUUAUCCGGCCCUUGCAACUACUGUUCCAGGAGUUGAUCGUCUUUCUCAUCAGUCUUUACAUGUCGGUGCUGUACGGGCUGCUAUAUAUGUUUUUCCUGGCCUACCCUAUUGUCUACCAGAAGCACAAGGGCUAUUCGGCAGGCAAGACUGGUCUCAUGUUCAUCCCCCUGGCCGUCGGCGUCAUCCUCUCAGCAGCCUGUGCCCCGCUUGUCAACAGGCACUACCUCACUUUGGUCCGCAAGUACAACGGCAACCCACCAGCCGAAAUGCGGCUUAUUCCCAUGAUGUUCAGUUGUUGGUUCAUUCCGAUCGGUCUAUUUAUCUUUGCCUGGUCUUCGUACCCGGAACUGAGCUGGGCUGGACCGGCGAUGGGCGGCUUCUGCGUUGGCUUUGGCUUCAUCUUCCUGUACAACAGUGCCAACAACUACCUUGUCGAUUCGUACCAGCACCAAGCAGCCUCAGCCCUUGCCGCCAAAACCUGCAUCCGAUCGUUCUGGGGUGCCGCCGUCGUUCUCUUCACCAUCCAGAUGUACGAUCGCCUGGGCGAUCAGUGGGCUAGCACGUUACUGGCUUUCAUCGGUCUUGCGUGCUGUGCAAUUCCUUUCUGCUUCUGGAAGUGGGGUGCCCAGAUUCGCACCCGUAGCAAGUAUGCCUAUAGCGGCGACGACGACACUAGCGACGAGGAAGCUGUCGGUUCUUCUAGCGACUCGACGGAUGUAGAGAAGGCCCCGCAACAGACGAACACGGCCCCGCAUUGA